GGAAGCAAAGGUCACCGUGACCCGGACCGCGUCAGCCUGUAGGAUAGUGGGGACAGCAUGCAACGUCUGAGCUGGAACUGUAAGCUGUUUUCAGAAUGAUCUGUGGAGGUGACGCAAAGGUUGAGGAUAUCUCACCAAUUCUUGACGUCCAUAAAAUCAUCCAGGACUGGGCAUGGGGUGAAUUCAUAAAGAGUGAAGGCCGUUUCAGAAGGCCUUUCAUCAGAAGAAAACACUUCACUGUUGACGUCCAAAUGAACUUCUAUCAGUUUGAAGAUUCGAAAGCUGAGCUUAAAGAUGUGGAUGUUGGAUCUGAGUCAAAUCCAUUUUCCAAGGAAGGAGAACAUAUGCCCAAUACAUCCAUACUCUCCACGGACUACCAUAACGACACUGAUAUGGACCAGGUAUACAAGUUCAGAAUGGAACGGGCAAGAAAGGCGAGUGUAAAGGUGACUUUCCAGAAGGGAUUUACAAUUGGUGGAACGGCAAACUUCUCCAUUGGUGUUGUUAAUGGUAAACUUGAGACGACACUCAACGUAACCAAAACUACCGAGCAGACAUUUGAGGAAACAUUGACGUUUGAAACCAAUAGUGAUAUCAACGUCAAAGCCAACACCAACUGCGUGGCCCAGGUUGUCUUCACGGAGAGGGAGAUGUGCAAAAGGUUCACAGUUGAGACCACCAUGAGAAUGCCAUCAGGCAAAGCCCCAGUGUACAUAAGAAGGAAGAAGGACAAGAAGGUAAUGAUGUCGUUCAAGAUUCAGGAUCUAAGACUCAUUUUUCACAAGUAUAAGGAGGAGAAGGAUCCGGAUAGGAGAGUGGACUUUGUGAGGGAGACAAUUAUGUUGAACGGGAGAGAGUACAACAACUAUGCUAUCAAGCUGACAACGAGGGGGGUCCUUGAAGGAAUGAGACUGUCGGGUCAGACUGUGAGGCUUCAUUCAGAAGAUAUAGAACGUAACGGUAAACGAAAGAAACAGACUGAUAAUGAAGUUCUAGAGGAGCACAUGACUCGACAAAUACAAAGUGUAAAAAUGUAAAUUACUGUCAACAUUAUGAAGUGAAGUUCAGGCGUUUUCUAGGCGUGCCAGCUUUAUGCUGAUUGAACACCGCAGUUUCAGGAAGAAAAAUUGUCUUCUUCUUAGGAAAAAGGGGUAACUUGUCUGCUGAGAUCUGUACCUAUGACUAAACAAGGAAGCGUAGUAAACAAUGACUUUUGUAACUGACAAAAUGACAUGUAAAUAUUUAAGGCAGGAUGUGGUAAAUAUGUUCCAGCCACUCUGGCUGAUUGUACUUAUUCGAGUCCACUCCGAGUGAUGGCUGUUUUUGCUAUCAGACAAAUAACGGACUGUUUGUAAGUAGUGAUAUAAAAUAUUGCCGUUUGCAGUCAAAACAAAACAACUUUCACACACGCACACACGCACACACGCACACACGCACACACAUGAGAUCAACCAGUCACCGCUACACUUCAUGCCACAGUACCAUCAUUAAACUUCAUCUGUUCUUGUCCAAA